AUGGAAGAAGUCUACACCAUCGGGGUGAAGGAUAACAAUUUUGGGUUCUGCGGAAACAAGGAAAAAGAUGAUAAAUGUGACGAAGAAGAAGGGGGGGGUUCCCCUUUUCUGAGGCCCUCCUACUUUGUCCACAAUAGAGAAAAGGCUUUAAAGCAAUUUAUCAGGAAACAAAAUGAAAGCAUGACAAAAAAGGGCAUCUUAAAGGAUAACAUUUCUUGCAACUAUUUUCAGAUCACCCCAGACAUCGUUACCUUCACUUCUUAUGCCCCUUUCAGAAAAUACGAAAGGGUGGUAACGUUAAAAAAUAUCGAUGCCAGUGCCAGAAACAUAAUGUUGGAGUUAGGAGAAAAUCAUGUCUUCAAAGUGAAGUACAUUUCGGAUGUGAAAAAAAAGGUUGCCCCCGGGAUGCUAUUUACCUUCAAGGUGGAAUUUUACCCGCAGUCUUGUGAAAACUACGAAUAUGAUCUGGGUAUUCAGACAGAGGGUAAAUCCUUUACAUUGCCUAUACGCUGCAUGAACGAUGAACUAAUUUUGGAUGUGCAAGACGAGAUAAAGAUGAAUGAAACCCCAAUUUAUAUGAAGAGCGAAAAAAGCAUAACGAUAAAAAAUAUCGGGAAAUACGAAAAUAAAUUUCAAAUCAUCGUAGCACCUCCCUUUUAUGUUAAUUCUUCUAUCCAUGUGCUGAAGGAGGGGGAGAUGAUAGAAACGAAGGUCACGUUCUUGCCUGUCCAGAAAAGAACUUACGAAGGCUAUAUGAUAAUAAAUUAUGAAAAUGGAAUAAGGACUCACACAAAAAUACGAGGAGAAGGAAUUGUGGCCGAAGUCUUAAUAAAGGAUAAGGAUCUCACUGCUGAGGACGUGUACAUUAAUAAACCGAAAGAAAUAAAUAUUUCCAUUAAAAAUUUAUCCUUCUUUUUGUUAACAUAUAAUAUAACAAAGUAUCAUGUGUACGAGUGUAAAUAUGAUGACCCUUCAACGGAUAUAAAAGAUGUGACCUUCGACGAGGGGGACAAAAUAAUCCAAAAGACGUUCAUUCCGGAUAGCCAAUUGUUGGACGAAAAUAUUGUAGAAAAUGCUCUAUACAAAAAUGAUGAAUCUUUCCAGGGGGGUGGCGGAAGCGGAAUCAGCAAUGGGGAUAGCACAAACAGUAGCAACAGCAACAGCAACAGCAGAAGCAGCAGCAGUGACGACCACAGAUGGGGAAGAAGCUCCACUGGAGAUAACCUACCAGAGGGGGAAUUCCAAAAGGAGGGCGAAGUAGAGGGCGGAAAAAAUGACCCAUUUCAUUCUGAGGCUUCAGAUAGAUCAGUCCUAUCACAUUAUGAUGAUCGAAAAAAGGGUAAAAAAAAAAAUAAAAUAAUCAUAGACAUAUCCCCCAAGUUCAAGAAACUGUACAGCGACACAAACACCCCCAUUACUAUUACACUGUGCCCCCAGUUUGCUUCAUUUUACAAAAUAGAAAUAUUCUUAUUUAUAAGAGGAUACAGAAAGGAAGAAAAAAUAGUUGUGUACUUGAAAAGUAUAGCACCGGAAAUUGUCAUAAAAAAAAGGAUCUGCAAAAUUGAUGACAUUCUUAUUAACACAUGUAGAAGGCUAUCCUUCGAACUGGUGAACAAUACUCAGUUUGAUGUUCCCAUGAAAGUAGAAAAAGUAGAGGAUGAUUAUAACGAAUUUGAAGUUGCACACAGAAAAUUUACAUUACUGAAAAAUUCCACCCAUUCUCUGGAAAUGGUAUAUAUGCCAAAAGUGAAUGGGGCAUCAGAGCAGACAUUCAUAAUUCAUCAGAAGUAUACAAAUGUGAAAAGAAAAUUACAGGUAGUGAGUAAGUGCAGUUUUCCGCAAGUCUUAUUAGACGUAGAAGUAAUAAACUUUAAUCAAGUGUCACACAGCUUUGAGUACAAAAAAACAAUUACCAUAAUUAACAAUUCUGAAUUGACUCUUCACUACGGAUUUAAUAUUCCUAACGAAUUGAAAGAUGAAGUAAAAAUUGAAAAAAAUUAUAACAAGUUGGAAAAUUGGGGGGAAGAAAAAAUCAUCUUAUCAUUUUACCCUAAACAAAUAAAAACAUACAUGACUAGUAUAGAACUUUACCUAAAUGAAAUUCAAACUUAUAAAAAGAAUCUACCUUUUCGUGCUAUUUGUUCAAAGCCGAAAGUAUUAUGUGAACCAGUUUUUAUCAACAUAGAACCUAUGAUUAUAGAUAAAAUGUACAACGAACAAAUUAACCUGAUUAACAAGUCGGAAGACGCCGAUGUGAAAUAUGAAUUAUUUGUGGACGAAGAUAUUUACUACAUAUGUGACUUGCACAUUUCUCCGAAGGAUGGAGUUAUCAGAAGAAAUCAUGUCCAAAGUGUCAACAUUAGCAUAAAGAGCAAAAUUAUAGGGUACAUCCUCAUCGUGGUUAAGGUUAAAAUAUCUGGGUGUGAAGAUCUCUUAUUUUUAAAUAUUAAGGCUUACUGCACUUGUCCCACCGUAAAAAUUAUUCCUAGUAUAAUUGAUUUUGAAAAAUGCAACUGUUUAGAUGUAAAAGAAAAAGUCAUUGAAAUAAAAAACGAAAGUCCGAUUAGUACCUUUAUCAGCUUGUCCAACGAGCUACCUAUCUUCACUUACUCUAAAAAUAACUUCUAUAUAGAACCAAACGAAUCUGUCUUUGUUCCUGUUUAUGUUGAGUGCUUAGAUACGACAGCGUACACGGACACGCUGCGGGUGAACGUUCAUCGGAAGGAGGAUAUUUUUAUUCCUCUAAAGGCACAGGGAGUCGGAUCGCCCAUCCUGGUCAACCAAAGCGGCAUAAACUUCGAAGUCACUCACACAAGCAAAAAAUACAUCCGCGAGCUGAUCAUAUCCAACAGAGGGACAAGCGAAAGGAAUGUUUACUUCCUCUUCGAGUCCGAAAAGAAAAGAAAAAAAAAAAAUGAAAAUCCUGAAAUAUUUGGCGUGACCCCAAGGAGCGUGUCCAUCAAAGGGGGAAACGAAGUUGUGUGUAUUGUAAGCGCGCUCAACUGGAAAGAGGAGAAGUGCGAAGAUAUUCUCUACGUGCAUGAAGAUACAAUCGGUAAGAAGAAAGUGUGUACUAAUUUUAAAAAAAUAAAAAUAGAAGCUUCGUUUGUUCAUCCGGAGAUCGAAAUAUGCGACAUUGAGAAUUUUGUUUAUGAUUUUAAUGAGCAAAGGGGAGUGGAAAAAAGCGACUGGGAUGGACACCCCACGGAGAAGUGCCAAAAUUAUGUAGACGAAAGAGGAGGAAGUAAACCAAAGAAUCGUGUUACCCAUUCGAAAAAUAUGAAAAGAUUAAUGCAAGAAGUUGAAAUGAAGAAUCUGCGAAAUACAAAUGUGAAAUUCAGCUUGUCUACGAAGUUGCCCUUUUCUGUGGAGCAAGAAGUAAUAGAACUGAGAGCAAUGGAAAAAAAAAAAAAUCGAAUUUUUUUUGACGUGGAUUUUAUGAAUAACAAAAUUAGUAACACUUAUCAAGAUCAUCUGAUCGUCCAGUUUGUGGAAAAUGGAAGAAGACAGAAAUAUGAAUUGCUUGGGAAGACGAUAUAUCCGAAUAUUGUGAUGAAUAAAAGUUCUGUAGACUUUCAGUACAUUUUAAAAAAUUUAUUUGCCCAAGAAACUGUGGAAAUAAAAAAUGUGUGCAAUUUUAAAGUGUACUUCCAGUGGUUUUUUGAAGAAAAUAAUAUGUAUGAAAAUUUUAAUCAAGUUUUUAAUAUAAUUCCUCAUAGAGGUUUUUUACUGCCUUACGAAAAAAAACAAAUAACGCUUACAUAUAACAGCAUAAAUGAAAACUACUACAAUGUUAAUGCUUUAUGUCAAAUUAAGGAUGGUCCCAUUUAUCCUCUGAAAUUGAUAGGUGGAUAUUCAGACAUUAAAUAUAGCAUCAGCAAGAGGGAGUUGAAUUAUGAUAUACACUAUAAAUCCGUUGGCGAAGAUUUGCUAACCAUCCAAAACACAGGAAAAAUUAAACUUUUCGUAGAAAUUGUUUAUAAUAUAAAAUUUCCUUCUUUACUUUAUACAAAUGUGAAUAAUUUUUUUAUCGAACCACACAACACUAAGGACAUCAUUUUUUACUUCAUACCUGGUAUUCCGCAAAACGUGACGGAGACCAUUUUGCUUAAAAUUUGCAACUUUGAGGAAAUUAAGGUGACCUUACGUUCCAGGGACAGGUCGAGUGUAUUGCUUCUGACUGUCCAAGGUGUUGAGGAUGGAUGUGCUGAUAGGAGAAAUGGAGAACUGGCGGAUGAAGUGUGCCCCCAAGAAUGUGAUCCAAAGGGUGGAAUAAAAAAUGGGGAGGGGAAGAAGAGCGAAUUUGACCCCGUAGACAGUUUGAUAAGCAAAGUCUUUUUACCUGAUAACGAGAAAUCGCACUAUGAAAAUCUUCGAAAGGGGCUGAUCCAAAGGCUGAAAAGCAGAUAUGCGGGGGUAUUCCUUUCCCUCAGCAGGCAUAUCGAAGAAAUACUGGACCUCUAUCACGACCGCGUGGGCGAAGCUAGCGCGCAGGGGGUGCACAUAGAGAUGAAUGACGAAGGAAUGGGUAUAAUAGGAAUACUGGGUGACGAGCAGGAGUUGGACAAAACGGCAGAAUCGGGCGAAUCCGGUGAAUCCGGCGAAUCUGGUCAAUAUGUUGAAGCCCACAGGGCGAGCCAAAUAGACAACUUAUCCGUCUACUCAACUAAAAAAAUGGACUCGUCCGAAAGUUCCAAGCGCAAGUACAACCUCAUAAGUAUCUUAAAAAGCUACUCCACGAAAAACAGCGGUCUUUGUAGUAUCUUUUCCGAUUUACUGAAAUCCUUCAUUUUGAACCAAAAGGAUGACAAGUACAUUCUCGGCAGCUUUUCCAAAUUGAAAAAAUUAGCCAACUUCGAGAAGCUUUCCUGCCAGGGAUACGUGAGCAACGAGUACAUCUUAAAAUACCUAAAGAGAGUAAUUUUAGAAAACAACAGCGAGAUGCAACGGGUUUGCUUAAAUAUGGGCAAUGUAACGAUAAAGGAAAAGAAGGAAGGAAUAAUUACGCUAAAAAAUUUAAGUAGAGACAAUGUUAAAUUAAGUUACCAUUUGAGUAAUCCAGAAAUGAAGAACACAAUAACAUUAGCAUGUGAAUAUAAAGAAGUAGAUAAGGACAAUUCCAUCAACUUAAAAAUUAUAAUUGAUAAUAAGUGCGCGAAGGAAAAAUUAUUUUCAGAACAAAUGUUCAUAUUCAUGAAUGACAGGAACUACUACACAGUGGAUAUAAAUUUCAAUUACAUUAUUCCAGAUCUCCAUCUAUAUUAUAGACAAAUACAUUUUGAAAAAGUGCAAGUGAAAAAGUGUUUAUGCAAAACGAACCGAUUGAUAAAUAUCAAAAAUGUGAAUGUAAAAUUUAAAGUGAAAAAUAUUAUUUUCCACAAUAAAAAGUUAGAAUAUUAUCACUUAAAGAGAAAGGCCCAAAUUUUUAUAAUACCCAGUAAGGGGAUCAUUAAGAGUAAUUCAUUUUUGGACAUACGCAUAUUCUUUGAGCCUUCGGAUAUUUAUAAAAAUGCCAAAAUAACUAUCGAGCUCUUUAUUUAUCAUUCCAAUUUUACGAAAAGCAUAGAUAUUUAUCUGAACAGCGUUAAAGAUCACGUGCAGGCUGACCCCAGUGAUAUUAUUGUCAGACCACUCCUCCUCAAUAGUGGAGAUGUACAUUACAAAAUGAAAAUUACCAACUUUAACAGCCAUUCCAAAUAUCUGUUUAUUUACAACUUGGAUAACUACUAUAAAUACUUCCAGAGCUUCCUAUAUGAUCUCUUGUCCAUCCACUCACAUAUAUACAUUGAAAGGAACGAUGAAGGCGAUUUUUUUUAUAGCAAUUUGAUGCACUACUUGAUGGGCGUGUACAGAAGGCAGUUAGAUCAAAUAAGAUAUAGCGACAAAGGGGGGAGAGGUAUUAUGAACGAGGAUUUAAAUAGUUAUCUCACACAAAGUUGGCACAGCAGGGGGGAUCGGGAGGAGCACCAAGGAGUCGUGCACGAGGAGGAAGCUGUCAAACUGGAUGAUGAGACCAAAAUAGGGGAUAGACCCAUCAUACAUGUAAAAGAUCAAUCUGUAAAUGAUGAGAGAGACAAAAAGGGAAAAUGUAAAUCCAAAAAGAGAAAGGAAACGGAAAGAGGAAAAGAAAAUGACAAAGCAGAUGAACUAACAAACAAGAAGGAAAAACUUAAUGAUAUACUAGCCGAUUGUAUACCUCCAAAAGAAGAUGAUCCAAACGGUGCAGUAGGUACAGUCCCGAACGACGAACAAAGGAAUAUCAAAAUUUUAGAAAAUAAAAUUGCCAUCUUAGAGGAACUUAUGCAGAAAAACGAAAGCAAGUAUAAAUACUUUGAAGAAUAUUUAAAAAUAAUAAAGGUGAAAAAAAAAAUAAAACAAAAUUUCCUGAUCAUUUGUCCAAAAUAUGUGAAUCAUAAGGGGAUUGGAAGGUACGUGGUGAAUAAUACACUUUUGAAUUUUUCUUCCAUAAGAAGAACAGAAACGUGUAGCGACCCUGACAAUGAUAGCAUCCUAACUAUUGGAGAAAUAAUACGAUGGUGUAACGAGAUUAACGAGAAGGACAACUACCCGUCCAUCGUGAAAAGGAGCUUCAUUCAUUACAUCAUUCACGAGAAGAACAUAAACCGGAAUAGACAUUCUACCAAGAAGCUAAGGACAUCUAACAGAAGAAUGAACGAAAGUUUGUCGAAUACCGCGAAUGCAACCUAUUCUGAGGAUUGUGCAAUUUCUGGUCAGAUGUAUCAGAACUGCUUAGACUAUUACGUGAGUGAAGUGUUAAAUGUGGAAGAGAAAAAGAGGGACCAAGGAAAAUGUGAAGAUGACAUAAACACGAAUGGCGGCACAAAAAUUAAUGAAGAUAAAGAAUCACACCUAAUUUUAAGGGGAGAUGAGUCUCACGAGCGAAUAAGUAUCCCCAAUAAAGAUGAAGAUGAUGGAAGGAAAACGAAGGGGGGAAACGAACAGCACGGGAAAUGCUCAAAUGUGGGAAAAAAGAAACUCAAAAAAACACCAAAUUUAAGAAGCAUAAAAUCUAAGAUAGACAAUAAGCAUGUGAUAAGUAUGCAUAGGAAAAAAAACAACUGCAGAAAUGACAACGGAAAAGAGAAUGAUGAUGAUAGGUUGUUGGACCAGAAGGCAUUCUUUAACAAGUACAACUUGAGACACAAUUUAGAUUACGUGGAGCACUUCUUUCACUUUGCUCUCCUCAACGAUGAAGAUUUUAUGAGUAAUGUGAAAUCAUUUUUAAAAUUAACCAUGACGGAGCGGAAAAAAAACAAAGGCGAAAAUACUAGCAAAAAGAAUAACACCUUUGUAAAUCUGUUUGAGAUAAUCCUGCAGAAAAUGUUAUUCUCCCCAUUGUACGUGAAUGGGGUGGUGUUUUUCUUUAAAAAGAAUGAAUACAUAAAUUCCGAGUGCUUUUUCACCACAUUCUUGAGGCUCACCUCGGAUGAAAAUAAUAAUAUAAUUUACUUGAACCCAAUGGAAGGGUAUGAGGAAUUUUUUAACCCAUCUAAGUGUUCAGACAGAGGGAAAGACGCGGAAAGCGAGGAUGGAAAAAGAAGCAACGCAAAGGAGAAUACAACAACGGAUACGCAGAGACUUAAAUACUUUUAUGAAAAUAUGAGUAAAAAAUAUCAAGAAAAAAUUGAGCGGAAAUUAAAAGAAAAGGAACAAAUCGAGAAAAUAAUGGAGUCGUUAAGCGAACAUACCGAUUGGAGCAAGGCUGAACUGGUUACACGAACUGUGGAUGGCAAUGAUAAAAGGAAGGGGGACACUGUCGAGGAAGAGAAAAAUGCCAACAUAGAAAGUCAAACAGAAGAAGUAGAACAAUAUUCUUCAUCCAUUAAGAAAAAUGACGGAGAUGAAUUAAUAAGAUGCUCUAAAAAAGGUGAUCCAUGCGAAGACACAAAGGAUAGCGACAUGUUAAGCGAAAAGGGGCCGAGCAUGAAAAAAGGCGUACAGUGUAUGAAUGCGAAUGUGCACAACUCUGUGGAGAGGCUGUAUGAAAAAAUCGUAAUUUGCAAAGAAAAAAAAAUCCUGAAUAAGCAAAUAAUUAUCCAAUUGAAUACUCAUUGUGUUGAAAGAAAUGCACAAGUAGACGAACAAAUUAUCAAAUAUAAUAAAAAGUUAAGCAAAAUAAAUAGAUACAUAAAGAACAACGAAUAUGUAGAAUAUGUGUCAUUUUACAAAGAGUUAAAAAUUGCAUUGCGUAACAUAUUGAGAGAUAAUUUAAGGAAAGGAACAGAUGACGAUUCUUCCAAUUUGGUGUGUCCCAAUCUAGCGGACACUCUCGAAGGUAACACGCAAAAGGGAGAAGCGACUGAUAAUGACACAGAACAAAUGAGGAAAGAAAAAAGAAGUAACAUGUACGUAAGAAGAAUAAACAUCCAACUUAGCGAAAACUUUGUGGAAAAAAUAUAUCAAGAAGACGAGGAAUUGAAAAAUGUACAUAGUGGAGUCAUCGAUGGGAUAGGAAUAAGGGGAGAAAAGACUGAAGAGGAGGAGGAGGAAGAAAUUGUGAAAAUCACAGAAAAUACCAUCAAAGCAGUAGGGAAGAACAGAAUUAAUAAGAAAUUUGAUUCGCAGCAUCUUGAGAAGGUAAUUGGUGAAGGAAAAAUCGGAAAUACCGUCAAUGAAAAAAUGCCAAAGGGAGGCACAGGGGAAUGUUGCAACAAAAUUGAAGAAAGCGUAAAAACAGUUGUUAACCAAAAUGAAGAACUGGUCAGAUAUUUAAAACAAAAAUUUGUUCAAAUGAACUUCUUUUACUUUUUUAUAAACGAAGAAUUAUGCUUUAGAAAGAGGAAUGUUCUGAACGAAAUUUUCAAAAUCGUGCAGGAAAAAUAUAGAGACGUAAAGACGUCCGCCUACUUCUUUGACAUCCCAAACUCCAAAACGUAUGAUGCCUUUAAUAUGGAGAGCUUCAUUCGGAUUAGAAGGAAUUUGGAAAAAUGCGAGUCCAACUUUUAUGGUACCAAUGAGAAGGAGCCAGCUCUGGCGAUAGCCCCGAGAGACGGGCACGAAGAAGACAAUGUGGUAAAAGAGGAAGAGCACGGGGAUGAAGUACAAAAGGGGGAUGAACUGCAUGAUAGGGAAAGGGAGCAGGCACAAUUGGAGAACGAGGUAAAGAGAGGAAAAUCAAAAAAGAAGAAAAAGGAGAGGAAAAAAGACAGCACGAAGGAAAAGGAAGCAAAGAAAGACAAGGAAGAAAACGAAAAGGACACACUCGAAGGCGCAGUAGAUGAGCACAAAAGUGAGAAGAAGGAGAAAAGGAGAAAGAAGAAGAAGAAACGAAGUGGAAAAGAAGGCGAGGGAGAAAAAGAGAAGAAGAUGGAGAUUGAUAUGAAGGAGAAGUGUGAGACGCAACAAGAGGGGAUAGUACAGGAGGAGGACCUACGUGAUGACCCCCAAAAGAAGACGGAGAAGGACCAUAAGGAAAGUGAAAAAGAGGGAGCAAUUAAAAAUGAAAAGGAACAUCUCCAAAUGAAAGACCAAGUGGAAGAGAAGAAGAGGAAGGGAAGGAAAAAGGAAAAGGAAAAAAAAAAGGAUACCAAAGAAGAGCUAGAUGAGAAGGAGUACAAAAAAAAGGGUGAAUCACCGGUAGGUAGAAACAACCUGGACAAUAAAGGAGAAAAUAGCGAGAGGAAAAACGAAGAAGGAAAGGAAGCCCCCAACAAAAACUCAACCAACGAUAGUGAUUUGAACAAGCUGUACAUUUACGGGGGAAAGGAACUUACGGAGGAGGCCUACUUUGAAGAAUUGGAAAAAAAAAAGUAUGAAAUAAAAGAUGAAUAUGAUCACAUUUUCUAUAACAUUGGCCAUGAACAUGUAGCAGGUGAAAUGGGAAAAAGUGAAAAAAAAAGAGAUAAUUAUAUUAUCGAGUUUUUAGAAGUAGACAAAUCCUACGAUAAGAGGGACGAAAUUCGAUAUAAAAAUAUAACCCACGUAAUGCUACAAAAAAACACAUCCACGGAAAUAAAUAUAAAAAUUAACACCUGCAAAAUAGUGAACAUAAGAAAAAAAAUAUGUUUAAUUGACUUGCUUGGGAACUACUUUUAUUUAAAUCUGCUUGUGGUGAUUGAUAAGCCUAGGAUUUACUCCAAUCCGUAUUUCAUAUUUAGCAACAACGUUGUUAUGUGUGCCCCCCGAAGUAACUGCUUUGUUUUGUGUAAAAAGCUAUACAAUUUUGACCGGGUACUUAUAGGAAGAAAUAUCCACUCAUUUAAGCAUAUCAUCCAAGGAGAGUUAAAAGAUAUGUGUGAAGAACACCUCCUAAAUUAUUUAAAAAUAUUUAGAGAUACCAAUUCUCCCAAAUUAAAAGUAGCAAGAAUGAAAAGGAAAAAUAUUAUUUCCAUGUUGAGCAACUCAAGUAGCAACGAAAAUGAUAAAUACAAAUCGAAGAACUCACAUAGGAUGAAAAAUAAUGAAAUUUCUAGGCAUUUAUAUAAGCACGUACAGGUUUUAAAUUUAUUUAACUACUCUCACUUCGACUGUUUUGUUGAAAUUUCUUUUGACAAUGUGCCUUGCAUAAGUAAUAAAAAUUAUGAGGCGAAUGAAAUGAACAGUGCCGAUAAUUUCAUAAGCCAUAACGAUUUUUAUGUGUACCCGAAGAAAUUUUUCAUUCUCUCUAAGAAAUGGAAAAAAGUGAUCGUUUUGUUCUUACCUAAAAAGUUGGGUCCUUUUUUUGAAAAAUUGCAGCUGUCUAUAUAUUCGGUAACAAAUGUAGGAGUAGAUAUAAAUUAUCAAAAGGAAAUAACGAAUGGAGACAAGAAAAAGGACAACACGUUACUCUGUGAUAGCUUUUACUCUAAAGACAUAGACAUAGCCAGCAAACAGAUUGAUAAUUACUUGUAUGAUAUAUUCACAUUGUGCCUUAAAGGGGAAGGAAUAAAGUGUUGUCUGAAAACGAACGAAAGUAACUUAAACUUUCACAAAAUUCUUUUAAACUCAGUUCAGGAGAAAUAUAUAGAAAUGAAGAACUGUAGCUACUGCGACCUUGCCUGGUUUGUAGACCCUAGUGACUUGAGGAGCGACUCCCCAUUAUGCAUAAAUCCUACAAAAGGAAAUUUACUGAAAAAUGAAAAAAAAAAGCUAACAGUUACCAUAAAAACGGAUAACGUAACUGUGAUAAAGAAAGAAAUAAAAAUAAACUAUAUGGAGAAAAAUUUCAUGAAAAGUGACAAAAUGAGGAACAAUGUUUAUUUCACAUCCCUCGUGGUGGAAGCAGAAGUUUGCAAAUCCUUCAUCCAAGUAAGUACCGAAAUUGUAAACGAAGAUACGGAGGAGAAAUUCAACCCACUAUCAGAAGUUGCCACCCUUGGGGAAAUCACACUAAAACAUAAUCGUGGUGCCAGCAGAGGGUUCACCCCAAAGAGCAAGCAACUGUUGCCUGCCCACCUAGGGGAUGUUCUAGAAGAAGACAUUAACUUCAAAUAUGUGCAGGUAAAUGAAACCAAAGCAUGUUUGAUCAAAGUGAAAAAUACAGGAAAGUUCAAAAUAUUUUACGAGGCAGAAUUAAAUGAGGACUCCUUUUUAAAUUAUGCAAGUAUGGAAUGUCUAACUGACAGUAUAGAUUCAAACGAAAUGAAAAUAAUAAAACUCAAGGUAAGAUCAGGUAGGAAGGCCAAAUUGCAGAAUGUGCCUCUCAUGAUACACUUUUAUGACAUGGAGAACAAUCACAUUCAAACGUACAAAUAUGCUAUUUCUGUAUUUUUCGAUUACAACUAUGUUAGAAUUAUUCCGUCUAUUCUUAAUUAUGAUUCAGUGGAGGUUAAAAAGGAAGAAACACGAUUCUUUAACAUUAUCAAUGAUGGGCAUUUUGACUUUAAAUAUGAGAUUAAAUUGUUAAAGUGUAAAAUAAAAAACACAGAAAAGGACGAAUUAUUACGAUACAACAAUUUUGGAUGCGUGCAGUAUAAUGCAAAUGCCGACUUGAAAAGCCCCUUUUCCAUUUCACCAAUUAGCGGUUUGGUGAAAUCUAAGGGAGAAGAAACCGUCAUGGUUCAGUUUAUUUCCUCCGAAGAGAGACACUACAGAUUUGUCUACAUUAUUGAGGUGGAUAAUCUCAUGUCAGACAUGCUGCAUACUGACAGUAAGAAAAAGGAACAGAGACUUAACCGACAACCCAUUGACAAUCAGAGGGAAGUUAUUAAGAUUUUUGCCUCGUCUGUGAAGCCUACCAUUUCUUGCGAUGUGAAAAAGAUAUUCGAAGAAGUUUUGGUAUUAAAAAAAACUGAAAGCUAUGGAAACUUUUUAGAUAAUUUCUUAGGCAAAAACAGCUACUAUAAUUCAGAUGAUAAUACGCUAUACUACAAAUGGUGCCACGUGAAUGAGUGCAUUAAUGAGCGCAUAAAGAUCUGCAACACCUCCGAUGUAAAUGCCAAGGUUUAUGUAGAAAUUAAGGAAUUGGAAUUUGCCAACUAUAGAAAUAGAAGCACAAAGGGAAAAGAAAAGGAACGAGAAAAACGGGGGGACAAGGUAAAGGAGAACGAAAGCGAAAACGAACCAAAAAGAUCCAGCGUGAUUCCCCAACAAUCAUCCCCCAUCAUCCGUUUUAACAUGAGAAUUCAAAAUGACAAUGAAAUAAAAUCAAAGUGGUGUUUGACCGAAUUGAAUGAACAACGACGUGGUGUCACCUACGGUGAUGCGCCCUCCUCUAUCAGUAGCAUCACAGAGGUUGCGCGUUACCAGCAUAAAUAUUUAGACAUAUGUUUUUAUUCAAACCAAAUAGGAAGUAAAAAAUUUCUCGUAAAUAUGCACCUGACAAAUCAGCAAAACAUGUUAUGUUUUUCCUUUUACAUAAGUGUAGAAUUUUUUUUGCCCUCCAUUAAUUUGAUCAUCCCACAAAGUUUGCUUAAUCAGCGCCGAGAAGAUAAUAUUUACGAUUUGGGGGAUAUCCACCUGAACAGCGUUAUUUCGUUUAAGGUGAGGUUAAGAAAUUGCUUCAAGUAUCCUGUCUUUGUAAGGGUCUUCUUUGAAAGGGUUAAUUUGGCCCUGGAUUGUUUUCGCAGUAUGGAGGAGGGGAAAGGACAACUAAGAGACAGCACAGAAUUGGAAGUUGUUUCCAAUAGAGAGGGAGAAUUUAAUGAUAAUGCGCAUGUUAGAAUUGUCGACCUGGAGAAUGACGCAAAAGUAGCGAAACACAAAAAGGGGGAUGUAAAAAAUGGAAAUGUUUCAGAGUGCAUAUAUGAGAAAGGCAAUCCCGAUAAUGCCGCAAACUAUGAGACAUGUGUGCAGGAAAAAAAAGAUAUUUAUAAUGCCACAAAUAAGAGGUCUCUCUUUACCAGUGUUGAUGACCAUGUAGGACUGCGAACAAAAAACAACACCACCUACUUUGACUACAAAAAUGUUAAGGAUUUGGUAUACAAAACUAGGGAGAAACAAAUGUACAUGUUCAGUUUGGGCUAUCUAUACUACAUAGGACAUAGCAACUACGUGAUAAGGGAAAACGAAGUGGAAAGCAUUAAAAUAAAAGUGGAUAAAAAUAAGUUGGAAGAAAUGAUAAAGAGAAGAAACACACAAAGGGGCAAUUUAAAAGGGAUAGAAAUAGAAGGCGAACAGUGUAAUGCGGUGGAUGACGUCCCAAAUGAGUUCGAUUCCAUUGAGCAGACAACUACCACGAACGAUGAGCUUAAUACAAAGGAAUUGGAAGUAGACAAUGAGAAGGGGAAAAAAAGUGUUAAGGAAAAGCAGAAAAAGCAAAAUCUGGAUAAAAACAAGGAUACGAAUAAUGUGCCGAAAAAUAUAACCAAAAUUUCAACGACUGCUCUGAGCGCUCGCCAGGAAAAACAACUUUUAGGAAACAUACAAAUUAGCGUGCUCAAUAAUAAAUACGAAUUUUACAAUUUAAAGUUCCUUGGAAAUAUAGUAGAAAAGAAAAACUACUGGAAUUUAGAACUCUUGAAGAAUAGGAUAAGAAAUGUGUAUAACGGUAAAAAUGUGGAAAUUUUAAAAAAUCACAUCCAUUUUGAUCUUUUACCUGUGGGGUAUAAUCACUCAUUUAUGGUUCCCUACGUGAACGACAACAACCACGAUUUAUUCUUCCACAUAGAGGUGGAAAAAAAGAUAAAAAGUGUCAUUGACAUCAGGCCCUUAAGUGGUUCCAUACCACCGAAUAGCUCGUUUCCGUUCUGUGUUCAAAUUGACAUAAGGGAAGCCAUCAAUUUGGCGAAGAAGAAAAUAUCGUUUAAGUUUUCUGCAAAUCCUUUUAACAAAAAAAAUCCCAAAGUAAAAGAUGAGGAUGGAAUAUAUGAUGACUCCUUAUACGUAAGUUUAAUCUCGGAAGAAAUAAAAUUUUCCUGUAGUAAAAAAAAAAUUAUUUUCAAAAAUGUUCCUUUCUUUAAUUAUUCCAAGAGCGAAUUGCUGCUAGAAAAUAUGUCCAAUGUAAAGGUGUAUGUGGAAUUGAACAUCGUGCCAUUAAACGGGUUGGAUGACAUAACAUCUGUUUAUGCCUUCCACCCGUUUAGCCAGAAAACAGUUACUUCGCUAGUGAACAGGAUGGAUAAAAAUAUUUUAAUGAAUGAAGUUAAUGGAGAAAAGACAAAACAAUUAUUAGCGAACAUUCCAGCCAAUUGUAAGCAAAGUGGGGGCAUUAAAGAUGUUUCGGAAGUUAAUGAAUUGGUAGGAGAAACGAACAAAUGUGAAGAUAGACAAGUGGUUGUUAACCCUAAUGGGGUACAUGCGGGGGGUGAGACGGGUGAAAAUAAAACCAUAGACGAGUUUUACCUGACCAAGUACGACUUGACCUUUUCCGAUUUUGGAGAUAAUCCGCGAAACGAGGAAGGAAGUGGCUUUAACGAAACACGCAUUGAGGAGAAUGAUGUUAUUGCAAAAUGCAGCGAAAUAAAUGAAAGUGGAGAAAUAACAAACAAACCAAAACAUCAAUGUAGAGUCUUAAAAAAAUACAUAACCAUCAAGGGAAGGCACAAGAAGCGCCUUGAACUGUUUUGCUUUCACCACAUGUACAAGAAGACUUUCGACGCCGUGCUUCACAUUAAGAUAAAGUUCUAUAACCAAAUUAGCAUACCAAUCAAAAUGACAUUCGAAAAUUACAACCAAAGCAACUUAUUUGUGUUGGGGGAUUGGAAGCACAAGGGUGUUGUAGACAACGUGGAGGAGAAGAAAAAAUUCCCUUCAAAAUACAAAAUGGUUGUACUAAGCAGGGGAGUGUUAAAAAAAAUAAAUUAUAAAAUAUACAUGCUGAACAUUUCGAACGAGAGCUUACAAUACUUUUUCGAGAAAAUCUCCGAAACGGGAGAAAACGGAAGGAGAAGAAACUCCAUUACGUUGAAUAGCGGCAAACAGAAUGGGGAAAAUAACAACAACGAUAAGAAUAACGAUAAGAACAACGAUAAGAACAACGAUAAGAACAACGAUAACAGUUGUGAAUGUAUUAACUAUAGGGGGUGUGUAAAAGAAAAUAACUUUUCCCUAAUCAGAUUCCUGUUUAACAUUUCCAAUUCGAUGGAUUACAAUGGACGCUACAACCUUUAUGCAAAUGAUAAAAAAGAGCAAUCCAUCGACAUUGAGCUCAAGGUAAUUGAGCCCCUAAUCUUUUUUAAUACGUCUUCUAUACAUAUCAACAAUUUAAUAUUAGGAAAAAGCUACUGCUUCGUUUUUUACCUAAUCAAUUUUGACCUAAUGGAUAUCAAUUUUGAGUUUGACAAAAAUUCUUACAACUCGUUUAACAGCAAAAAGGAGACCAUAAAAAUUGUUCCAUUUAGGGGCGUUGUGAAAUCAUGCUAUAGGAAGAAUAAGUACAUGUACAAGGAGAUAAGGAAAUUUAAUGAGGAUAAUUCCAUAGGUGUAGACUAUCCCGAUGGAAAGGGAUCUAUCACGGAAGGGAACUCCUCCGCUUGUGCGACUUCCACGUCGAGCAAUUCGCACCAAAGUGAUUCUAAUAGAAGGGAUAUUCUGAGUGAUAUUCAUAAGAAGGUUUCUCUAAUUGGAGAUAGGAAUAAUGUAAAGAAAAGGAUAAAGAUAAAUUACGUAAACCAUUAUGAGAAUAUUAGGCUGCACAAUGAUAGUGACAAUUGUUCGUACUCGUUGACCAAUUCGUCAGACGUGUCGGCAUCUUCAUCAAAUCUCACUUCUGGCAAAAAUCAAGUAGAAGAGGGGGCACAAAAUAAACGAACCAUAUUAUAUGGAAAGUGGAAGAAGGAAUACAUUCUUUCACCUCCUUUACCACAAUGGGAAUACAUAAAUACAUCGUGCGAUUCGGAAAGUGAGUCAGACAGUGAAUGGAAUAGCAAUGAUUGCCUCAUCCUACCAGAGGGGAACAUCGGGAAGGAAGACACCACUCAUAGCAGUAAGUAUUUCCUGCUGAAUUAUUACCUGAGAAAUAUAUGGAAAAAUGAUAGUAACAAAUUUGUAAGAGACAUUAAAAAUGUGCGGGGAAAAGGUAGGUGUAAAAAAAUCAAGCUGUUCUUCAAACCGCACCUCGAACAGUUCUACAAUUUUAACCUGCUAUGCAAAAUAGGGUCAAAGGAAGAACUCCUACAGGUUAAUUUCAAAACACAGGUUAGUAAAAUUAAUAUAAAUUGCUACAUUGAAAAUUUCGACGGGGAAAAAGUACAGGUAAAUUUGGAGGAUAGCUCAUGGAGUGGAAAGCAAAAGAAAUAUAAAAGUCACAUGAUCCAUAUUUACGAUGUUAUAGAUUUUAAAGAUACCUUAAUAGGACGAAAAAAAAUGUCCAAAAUUGUUAUUGAAAAUUUAGGGAAUUUCGAUCUGGUUUAUAAAUACUACUUACAAAAAAAGGAUGAAGAAAUUGAUAUAAAGUGCAAUGGGGAUUGCAUUCCCAAGAAUUCCACCUAUUCCAUUUCUGUUGAGUAUACCCCCUUGAAGAAUCAAACAUAUGUUAACUACUUGACCAUUAAUAUUAUGGACUACUAUCUUAUUAAUUUAAAAAUAACUGCAGUUGCAAUUAAUUUUUUAAUUAAUUUUUCCUUUUACAAUUAUGACUUUGGCAAUGUUAUUUUGUUCCCAGUUCUGGAUGACAGCGCUAAGGUGAAGGGGAUAACGAAUAUAGAUCAGCGCUGUGAAGAGAGUUUUUCCUGCAGUGAUAGCUCACUAUCGUCUUUGAUUUAUACCUUCAAAAAUAAUGAAAGGGAUAAGAGGAUGAAGGAGCGCGAGGAGGAGAAAGCCAAGGCGCUCGCUGGUGAAGACGCGCAAGGUGAGACCGAUAAGCAUAAGAAGGGGAAGAAGAAAAGGCACAAAAAGGAGAAGCAGGACAAGAAGGAAAAAAAAGAGAGGAAAAAAGGGAAGGAUAAUACGCAGAAUGAAAUGGACGAAGAGGGGGACGAAACCAAAGCGGGGGAUGCCGCUGAAUACGCGGAGAAGGUAAAGGGGGAGGACAAAAUUAAGGAAGAGCACAAACAGGAGAAGCGAAACAAGAAAAAACACACACCCGAUAAGGAGAAGAACAAGGGAGAAAAUACAGAACAGGAAAAAGACCAAAGCAAAACAAACGCUGGAGAUUUGGUCCAAAGUAGAAAAAGCGGAAAGGACAAAGUCACGAAUGUUGUGGGAUCCAAAAUUAAAGAGGCGAAGAUGCAAACAGAUCAUGUAGAAAACGAAAUGGACGUACUAUCAGAAAAGGAAAACAACAAUACAGUAGAAGCGAAACUUAUCAUUAGGAACAAUAAUGAUGUGGAUUGCUACAUAGAAUAUGAGCUGAAUGAGGAAUGUCUUACCAUAAAGAACCUUCGAAAGAAGGUACACCUGAAAAGAAAAAGCAAGAUCUGUCUUCUUAUCCAAUUUAAACCAAAUGAAGAGAAGACUUAUAACUACAAAAUACCUUUUAUGAUAAAUGGAGAGGUGGACAAAAUGGUUUACAUCUAUCUAACAGGAUCAGCUACGCAUUUCAAACUCCCCUUUUCUAGUAAUAAUUCGAACGAAAUUCAAUUUCAGAAUGUACAUGUGGAUAAAGAAAGCAUUUCAAAAUUUACACUUCACAAUAAGAAUUCAGAAGAUAUAUCUUUUAACGUAUUAAAUUAUGGUUACUUAGAGAAGCACUACCUCUCGUUUGUCAAGUUUGAUAAUUCUGUUUUCCACAUAUUAAAGAAGAAGGAAAAAAAGACUUUCGAGGUGAAGUUCCUCCCCGAAAAGUAUCUUAACCUGGAAAUCCCCCUAUACCUUAGUAUAAAUUAUCGGGGAAAAAGAAUAGCCUAUUAUUUGACGAGCAUUAAAUUGAGAAGUAUAUGCUACAGAAUUGUUCUGAAGGAGAAUUUGCUUACUUUCAACAAGGCGGAGCGACAGGAGGGGCGUGUGCUGCGUGCCGCAGACGCAGGUGGAGUUAACCAAGCGGAAGAAGUUAGCCAACUUGACCAAGUUAAGGAAAAGCUGUUCAAGGACGCAAACGGGAAGAACUCCAUAAAAGGCAAGAAAAUUCAGCUGCACAACAGGGGGGACAUGAAUGCCCAGUUUCAAAUUGUGUACCCACAAAAGUACGAAAAAUUCUUGCAGGUAUAUCCAAAAAAGGGAAUUAUCUUUUCCUUCAACAUAACAAGCAUUUACAUCUUCGUGGACACUGAUUUGGUAACUAAGGAUUUGUUCCUGAAGGAUGUGUAUGUGGAUUUACUCCCCAAAUUUAAUAAAAUCAAUAGCAAAAUUUUUUUAAACAUAUUUAUAAACACGCGUAAUGAGAUGAACAAGUGUAUGAGUGGGUAUGUGAAUAAUUCUAAGUUGAUCAUUGAAGGGGGAAAUGUACAAAGUGGAGACAUUGUCAGUGUUGAGAAGGCUCAAAAUGAAGGGGGGAAAAAACAACCCACAGAUCACUCCAAGCAAAUUGAAAAGGGUGAAAAUGGUGAAAAAGACGAAAACAUCGAUUGUGAUGAGAAAAAUGUUAAUGCAAUUUGCUUGAAGAAUGAAACCGUUGUCACAUUCCUGACGGACAUCAGAAAACAGAUAUACAAGACCAUCGAAAUAUGCAACGAAACGGAAUCCAACUUUAAAAUGAAAUAUAAGUUCCUGUCCAAUGAACACAAUUUCUUCUCGCUGGAAAAACAUGAAGACAUUGUGAAACCGAACGAAAGCGGAACAUUUCAAAUCGUUUACAAUCCUCUUUUUGUUCAGAAAAGGAAGAAAAACAGUAAUAACUAUCACAACACUUUGUGCUCAAAAUAUUUGAAAUAUUUUCCCAAAAUUAAUCAUAUUUCCAAGCUGGUAAUUUAUUACCCCAAAGAGGUGGUGAAAAAUUAUACCUUAUUAGGGUAUGCAAAUAAUGCCACUUACGAAAAGAAGAAAUGUUUUGAUUUCAAAUCGAAGGUUUUGAACAGUGCUUCCAUUAGAAUAAAGAAUUGGCUAAAUGAAAACCAGAUGCUGUUCCUUUCGUCUCUUGUUUGUGACAAAGAUUUGAACAUUUCUCAUAGCGACUGCUUCUUUUUUUACAUACAAAACAAAAUUGAGCUAACGAAUAAGGAGGAAAAAAGCGUCCCAUUUAAAGUCAUAUCAUUGAAGGAAGGAACGUACCAUGUGAUGCUAACCUUUUCGAAUGAAAAAUAUGAAGACGCGUAUAAGAUCCUCCUCCAGUUUGAAAUAACCAAAAGCGAAUUUCUGUCCAUACAAAAUGUAAAGGGAAAUAAAAAAGAAAUAAUAAAAGAGCAAAUGAGCAUUUAUAACCCCUUAGAUGAGGAUAUAAAAAUGGAUGCACUCCUUGACUACACUUACGCAUUUUUGGACAAGUCUAUAAUUCUCCAGAAGAAAAAAAAUAAUAAUAUUAACAUAUACUUUUGUGUCGUCAGAAACGAGAUCGACAGAGAUGUCACCAUUUCGCUUACUAACAAAAGAACAGGAACGUACAAAUUUAAAUUUAUUCUCAACAUAAGUAUGAACGAUUUCGAAGAUAACUUUUACUUCAACACUGAUUUGGGGUCUAUUCAAAUAAAUGAAAUAUCCUUUACAAAUGUGUGCAACCAGAAAAUUAAUUACGACGUGGUCAUAGAAGAUUAUGAUGAGGAGAACAAAAACUCGAAGCAGAUAUUUCAGUGCGUCGACAAAUCCGUGAGUGCUAAAUCUGUAGAUACAAACUUUUUCUUAAAGAACAAGACUCUCAAUAACUUGACUGAGAAGAUCAACCUUACCGUCAAAUAUAACCCCCCAGGCGUGCAGACGAAUAAAGCCGUUUUGAAACUACUCUCAAAGGAGGGCAUCAUUUACAAGGGGCUAUUAAUCGGGAAAAGUGUAGCGCCGAAACCGAAGGGACCCAUAUUGUGCUCAUCGCAAAAAACCACACUCAUUUCAUUUACGAAUCCAUUCUUUCACAUGAAGCAGUUUUUUUUAAAAACGGACGAAUUUUUUUCUGUUCCAUUUGAAGUCACCAAAGUGGAAGCGCGUCAAACAGUUCAUAUACCAGUCAAAUGUAAAGCGACAAGUGUCACCUCUGGCAAGCUCAUAAUAAAGUCGGAGGAUGGCAUCACAUGGAUGUAUUAUUUGACAGGACAGUAA